UUCGAUUGGAACGCAUUUCAAUUCGAGAAAAAUAUUACAAAAAUUAUAAAUAUUAAAAACAAUUUAAUAAAAACCAAAAUGGUUACGAAGCGUCAAAUUAAACGUCAAAAUUCAGCACUUUUUCAUUUAGAAGCAGUUGAACGUUUCGGUAAUAUACCAAUUAUUGAAACCGGUUUUAAAACAGCUGAAAAUGUUUAUGAAAGAAUUAAAGGUAGUAAUCGUUUAUUUAAUUGGUAUUUUGGUAUGGCUGAGACUACAAUUAGUGCAACAAUUGAAAGUUUAUUACCGGCAGUACAAUUAUUUGAGGGUCCAAUUAAACGUAUCGAUGAAAUUAUGUGUAAAAGUUUAGAUAAAGUUGAACAGAGGGCACCACUUGUAUAUUUACCACCUGAAAUGAUGAUUUUCAAUACAAAAGAAUAUAUGUCAGAUCGUUUAGUUAAACCGGUUUUAAAGAGAGCUGAUUCUGUUAAACAAUUAAGAAAUGCUGUUCUAGAUAGUCCUUUAACAAUUGGUGCAAUAAAUGCAGCUGCCGAUAAAAUUGAUGAUGCCAUUACAGUUGCUGAUAAAUAUGUUGAUAAAUAUUUAGCUGUUGAAGGAGAAACACAAUCUGAAAGACCGGAAAUCGAACAAAAUAACGAAGAAGGACCAAUGAAAGCUAUACAUCAUGGUCAAAGAUUUUCAAGAAAACUCAAAAGACGCCUAACACAAAGAACUAUUGCUGAAGCUAAGGCUCUUAAAGAGCAUAGUAAAGAAGCAAUUCAUAUUCUUAUUUAUGCUGCUGAAUUGAUUUUAACAGAUCCAAAACAAGCUUUGGAAAAAGCUCAAGAACUUUGGAGUUAUUUAAGUAAAGAUGAACCAGAAAAUCAGGCUCGACCAAAAACUCUCGAAGAACUUUUAGUUUUAUUAACUAGAGAAUCUGCCAGAAGAGUUGUACAUUUAGUUAAUUUUACAGCAAAUGCAGCAUAUCGUAUACCAAAAUCCAUAAUCAAUUCAACAACUGAAUUAGCGAAUCAAUUUAUAAUUGUUAUAGAACAUUUAGGCAGUACAAAACCUUUAACUGAGUUAAAAAAUAAAACUGCUGUUAGAGCUGAAGGUGUCGUUAGUAAAGUAACUGAAACAUAUGAUGAAAUGCAAGCAUACGCUAAUAAUGCUUUGGAACAUUUAGCAAUAUUUUUAUCGGGACGUAUUGAAGCUGAAAAAAUAACAACAACAAAUCCUAGAAGAAGAAUACAUACCCGAACAAAUAAUCCAAUGCAAAAUAAUUUAAAUGGAGUAUAUUGAGACUUCGAAAUUCGUUUUAUCAUUUACACAAGAUAUUUUUUUAUUAGUUUAUUCGUUUAUUUAAAUUAUAAAAUUCUUUUAAAUUUAAUUUUAGAAUAAGUUUUUUUUUUUUUAUAAUAAAAGAAUAUUAAAAAUAUGUACUGAA